UUCGACCAAGCAUGGCACGCCAGCAGCGGUCGGCGUCGGCGUCCGACGCAGUCCUCGAGAAGGAGCAGCAGAUGCACGUGCGCCAGCUCCUCGGGUCCGACUCGGCGGCGAUGGCCUCGAGCGCGCUCCGGCGCAUCGCGGCCCUUGAUCACGUUGUGCUCUUUAAGCUCGUGCAGUUUGUGCUCUUCCUCGAUUUCUUCAUCAACCUCGUCGCGACCACGAUGACGUCGCAGUACACGUUCUUUGAAGUCGCCAAGCACACGCGGCUCCUCUCGACGGCUGCCGUCGGCCUCUGCGCGCUCGAGCUCCUCCUGCGCAUCGCGUGUCUCGGCCGCCAUUUCUGGUCGUCGGUCGUCUCGUGCCUCGACUUGGCGGCGUACGCGCUCAUGGCCGCGCUGCUUGGCUGCCGCUACUGGAAGAAGGACAACCGCGACAACUGGCUCAUUGAUUUGAACGGGAAGGAGCAGGACGAGUACCAUGACAAGUUCAAGAUCAACCAGAUCGAACAGUACUUUGCGGCCGCGUACGUCUUUGCGGUCGCGCUGCGCUUCGUGCUCAAGUCGCAGGCCCGCGACUACUCGCUCUCGCUGCAGACGCCGGCGCAAGCAACGACAAUCUCGGUCGCGUCGCUCAAAUCGACGCUGCGCUCGAUGCCGGGCAUGACUCAAGAAGCGCUCUCGUUGAUGACGACGGACCUCGCGAUCCUCUGCGGCGACGACGACGGGCUGCUCACGACCACGGAAUUGCAGCUCUUCCUCGAAAAAGCCGUGCUGCACCGCCCGGCCGACAUGUCGAUCAACGUGUUUCUUCAGCACCUCCAGAGCCUCGACACGACGCCGGUCGUCGCCUAUGGCAUCCAAGACGUCCUCGGCUCGACGUACCGCCACUGGUCCAACCAGAAGGCGCUCAUGUUUGCGACGUUCCUCAUCGUCUUCUUCCACGCGACGCUCGUGCCCAUCCUCGCCUACCUGCUCCAGAUCCUCGGCGAUUACGCCUUUCCUGUGUCGUCGCUCACCAUGUACAAGACGGGCGAAGGCAUCAAGCCGUAUCUCGAGCACGAGCUGCGCUUCAACAACAAGACGCUUGACGACACUGGCACGUACAUUGAUGUCCCCGGUGUCAAGCCCAACAAGACACUCACGAUCGGCCUCGCGGGUCUCGGCGGGCUCUGCGUGCCCUUUGUCGUGCUUGAUGCGUUCAUGGGCUUUUGCCAGUCUCGGCUGCUGUCCCGCGCCACCGAGUCGAUCCAGAACCGGUUGGUGUCGCUCUUGCUGCACGAGUCGACGGCCUUUUACGCCAUGCGCUCCGAAGGCGACCUCAACAACCUCUUUGCGUCUGACGUCGCACGCGUCAACACGCUCUGGCAAGCCGUGUUUUGGAAUUUCAUCUACCCCGUCGUGUCGAUCACGCUCGGCUUUGGCGCGCUCUUCUUCUUUGAGCCGACGAUCGCAAUCAUGAGCUUUGGCUUUGUCAUCAUCUCGGUCAUGUCCGGCCCGCGGACCUUUGCGUCGACCCAGUCCCAAGCCUUUGGCUCCAAGUCGGCGUUCGCGGCCGCCGAGUUCCAGAACGCGGUCGGGUGCCAUAAGGUCGUCCGCGCGUACCGCAUCCAGACGCCGCUGCUGCGCAAGUUUACCGACACGAUCGACACGCUGCGUGAAGCGCAAUUCCGCAACGACUUCUGGAGCGGGCUCGUCCAGAUCUACGUCGAGUCGGCCAUGUUCCUCUUUGUUGCGAUCAUCACGUGCGGCAUGGCGGUCAAGGUGUGGCAAGGCUACAUGACAGCCGGUGACUUUUUCUCGGUGGUGACGCUUCUCAGCCGCGUCUCGACGCCCGUGACGGUCCUCGGUGGCUUUAUGCGUGUUGCGAUUGGCAAUGCCGCCAGUCUCCAGCGCCUCGACACCAUUUUGUACCAGCGCUACGCGUCGGCGCCGACGACGGACGACCUUCCGUCGCUGCCGCUGCUCACAUCGUACAUUCGCUUUCAGCACGUGUCGUUCCAGUACCCGAGCUCGGACGCGCCGAUCGUGCAUGACUUCAGCGCUUCGAUUCCGCUGGGGCACUAUGUGUGCGUGGUCGGACCCAGUGGCUGCGGCAAGAGCUCGCUCCUCAAUGCGCUCUUGCAAGUCUACCCGCUGAGCGCAGGCUCGAUUCUCUGGGACGCGUCGCCCAUCGCCAACUACUCGCAGGCCAGCCUCUUGAGCCAAGUGGCGGUCGUCUUCCAAGACGGCGGGAUCCUCAACGGCACGAUCCUCGACAACAUUCGCUACGGCCGGCCCACCGCUACGCUCGAAGACUGCAUCGAGGCGGCCCGGCUCGCCAACUGUCAUGCGUUCGUGUCGCAGCUGGCGAUGCAGUACGAGACCGUGGUCGGCCAGCACGCCGACGUCUCGCUCAGUGGCGGUCAAAUGCAGCGCAUCUGCCUCGCGCGCGCCCUCGUGCGCAAGCCCAAGCUCUUGAUUCUCGACGAAGCGACGUCGGCGCUCGACACGGAGACGGAGGCGCAGGUGGUGGCGACGCUCAAGAAGCUCACGACGUCGUGGGGCAUGUCGAUUCUUUCGGUGACGCACCGCCUCGCGACGACGCAAUCGGCCGACAACAUUCUCGUGCUCCAGAACGGCACGCUGGCCGAAGAGGGCUCGUAUGCGGCGCUCAUGGCCAACCCGUUUGGCGUUUUCCGGGAGAUGGUGCAGAAGAAGGCGUCGGACGGCAGCCCGCGCCCGUCGGCUGCGCCCAAGUCGGACGAAGAAGCCAUGUACCUCUCGGAAGAAGCUCUCGGCGCCUUUACGCGCGGCCUCGAAUCGCGCGUGAGUUCGCGCCGCAGCUCGCGCGCCGAGAGCCAAGACAGCCGCUCCAAGAACCCGUCGUUUUUGAACGUGACGACCGAGGAAGGCGCGCGGGAUAGCUACAUUGUCAUGUAGUCAUACCCUUGUGCAUAUCUAUAAUCAACAAACCGGGACGCUGCGACACUUUUGGUUGGGAUUGUCCUAUGAGGAUAUGCUCGCAUCGACGCGGCUUCCAUCGCA